ACGUAACCGGCUCGAGUCAACGGAGAGACCCGCGGGAAGCAUUCUCAGUCCGCGCAGAACCACUGGGCGUUCGACACGUGUAAGGCCAACCGCGCCGGUGUCGUGCUUCGAGCUCUCCGUCGUACGGCAAUGGCGGGGGAUCCAUCGAAUGGAAAAGUCUAUGUUUCUACUUUUCAUUUUUUUUUUUGGAAUGAAAUUGAAUGGGCGACUGUCAUGGGGGGCUCUGCAACUGUACGAGAGGCGCGUCCACAUUCAUUCUCGUCCUCCCGACAAUGAAACCCCCAAAAGUCCCCUUCAUUGAAUGCCCUACAGCUCCUCCACUCCUCGCCCCCGUAUAUUACGGCUCUCCUCUCCCUGUCCUUUCUUCCGAGCUCUCAAUAGCAGGAAAAGGGUGUCGAGGGAUCCUCCCGUCUGAUCUCGUUUCAGCUCAGAUUUUGGCGCAGAGUAGGGAACGGGAUAGUUUGCUAUGUCUACUGUGGGAAAUAAUACCAACAUAUUUUGGCACGAGUGCCCUGUUGGGAGGCCUGAAAGACAGAAGCUGCUCAACCAAAAGGGAUGUGUUGUAUGGAUCACAGGCCUUAGUGGAUCAGGGAAAAGCACAUUGGCGUGCUCAGUGAGUAGAGACCUGCAUUCGAGGGGAAAGUUAUCGUACGUUCUUGACGGAGAUAACCUUCGGCAUGGACUUAACAAGGAUCUUGGUUUUAAAGUAGAGGAUCGGACUGAGAAUAUACGAAGAGUUGGUGAAGUAGCAAAGCUUUUUGCAGAUGCCGGAUUAAUCUGCAUUGCAAGCUUGAUAUCUCCUUACAGAAAAGACCGAGAUGCCUGCCGAGCAUUGCUGCCUGAUUUGAGCUUUAUCGAGGUAUACAUGAAUAUGCCUUUGGAGUUAUGCGAGGAAAGAGACGCGAAGGGCCUCUACAAGCUUGCGCGUGCUGGAAAGAUUAAAGGUUUUACUGGGAUAGAUGAUCCGUAUGAACCUCCAUUGAACUGUGAGAUAGAACUGAGCCAACAGGAUGGGGUUUGCCCCCCUCCGGGCGCAAUGGCCGGCAAAGUAGUGACUUACUUGGAGGAGAAGGGAUUCCUCGAAGAUAAGUGAAGGGUUUGGAUUAUAGUUUUAUUUCGGCAGCUCGGAGAUCUGUCCAAUGACUAGAAGCAGUUCGAUUAGGUUCCCCGGGUUACAAACAUCCCAGCCAUAAGCCAAAAAAGACACAUAGAACACCACUUUUUUUUUUUUCCCUCUCCAUUUUUCUCUGUUUUUUUUUCCCCCCCAUUUGAUAUGAGAUUGUGAUGGCAAAUCUAUGAAAGCUUUGUUUUAUGACCAACCAAUUAUAUAUAAUACUGGCAAGUGCUAGUCUUUUGAAUUCUUCCAUUAGGAUAAAGCUCGUUACAAGAAGUCAUAUUGUCGAGAAUUGAGCCAGAAAUUUUUCGAUGAGAGUGCGUACCAUCGCACUAAAUCCAACCGAGCCGGCUGGCGCUUGAAACGACGUGGCUUUGGGCUAAUGCUUGAAAGCAACGAUUUUUCCAUUUUCUUUUGGGGUCAAACCACAUAUGAGACGACGCCUCGUAUUUUUGUCAUCAUUUGAGAGAGAGAGAGAGAGAGAGAGAUUCCUUUCUUCGCAGUGACAGAGAUAGGGAGAGCGAGAAGGGGGGAAGGGGAGAGAGAGAGAGAGAGAGAGAGAAAGAGAGAUGGUGUUGAACAGCUCGGUGGUGGCGGCGGUUGCGAACUUGUCGGCGAACCUGUGCCAGUACAUAGCUUGCAACCCGCAGAGGUUCAGCGGCGACCAGGUCCUCUACCUCCUCUUCUGCUACCCUUGUCAGAGCCUCCGCCCCUCCCUUCUCUCCCUCUGGGCCUGCCUCUGCUUCCCGCCUCUCACUUCCUCCUCCGAAUCCGAAUCCGACUCCGACCUCUCCGAUUCUCACUCCGAUUGAGGUCGCUCGCGAUCAAGUACGCCCUCGCGAUCUCGAAGGAAAAGGGAGCAAGUUCCGGUGCCGUCGAGCUGUUGCCGUACUUGGGAUCGAUCGGCCAGUGAAUGGAUGUGAAGUUUGUGAAAUGAGUAAAGCUCGGUCUCUGUCCCUCCGGCGAUGUCUGUAGUUUGGUCACAGGGUUAGGUUAUUCUCAUUCCACUGUGUGAUAGGGACGGGACCAGUAGAGGUUGAGUGUAAUGUACAGCUGGCAUUCUCAUUUUUCAUCUAUUUUCUUUCCCUAAAAAAAUAUUUCUAUGGAUUUUAUAUUUAGUCUUUUU